ACAUGUCAGACCCCAAAUUCAAGGCUAAUGAUCCUUUGAACCCUUACGACCCAGGUAUUGCAAGAAUACUCUUCUUUUUGUUCACCUUCCUUACUACCCAUCAUCGUUCUGAUCCGAUCUCUUUAUCUGUCCCUGUAGCGUCCUUCAGCUUGGGUACCGAAGGUGUUGGAGCCAGACUCAAUGCAGGAACUGCACCAACCCAAGUGUUAUCUCAGAUCAACAAGAAUCCCAAAAUGAUGGAGGGCUUUUUGAAAAUGAUGAAAGAAGACAUAGCAGACGCUAAAAGACGCGGCGAGACCAUGGAGGAAAGGAUGAUGCGCGAGAAACGCGAAUGGGCCGAGGCAGACGCUGAAUCUGCUAAGAUCAAAGAGAACGGUAACGACGCUUUUCGGAAGGGGGAUUUUGAAGAUGCGUUCGUCGCGUACAGCGCGUGUAUUGAGAUCAGCGAACAUGAACCGUUGUAUCCCCUUAACAGGUCUGCGGCUGCAUUGAGUGAUUUUUAUCUGACCUUCUUGUAGGCCAUCGAAUCUGACAGACUUGAAUCCCUCAGAGCUCAAGCUAUUCAAGACCGUCGUGCUCGAUGCAACCUUUUGUUUGGAGCACGAUUAUAAUCAAGCAAAGGCGUAUUUCCGUCGAGGUCAAGCACCAUUAUCGAUUGGGCAACUUGUCGAAUGCUCGUCGUGAUUUUGAAGCUGCCCAUGCACUUCAACCUCAGGAUUCCGCUAUUCGCAGGGAAAUCGGUGUGCUCAGUGAACUCGAGGGAAAGUCAGAGGGAGAACUCGCUGCUUGGAUUGCAGAGCAAGGAUGUAUAGACAUCGGAGAUCUGUUUCCGAAGGAAAACGAGCUCGACAAUCGUGUCAAACAAAAGAUCGCCGGAGCUUGAGUGAGGUGGGAUUCGUUAACCGUUUGAAGUUGAACCUCAUGCCCGUAACAACGAUUACCACAGAGACAGACCCUAAAAGAAAGUUGAAUCUUUCAAUUUUAACCACAAUAUCUGUUGCUCCAUGUGGGUCAAAUUAUCAGAUUUCAAUUGUACUAUCUACAUAUUUCUGGGUG